AUGUCUACUCAGAAGGCCGUCAUCGUUACCGAACCUAAGACUGCAGGCUUGGUCAGCUCCCGUGCUAUUCCCAAGCUCCGCGACGAUUACGUCCUCGUGAAGACUGUCAGCGUGGGGUUGAACCCCACUGACUGGAAGCAUACCGACUACCUGUCGCCGCCCGGUGUACUGCUAGGAUGUGAUUACUCUGGCGUUGUUGAGGCCGUUGGCAAGGACGUCAAGCUACCUUGGAAGAAGGGUGACCGUAUCUGUGGUUCCACCCAUGGUGGUAAUGCCAUCGAACCCGAGGAUGGCUCUUUCGCCGAGUACAUUGUUGUCAAGGGUGAUGUGCAAUUCCGAAUCCCCGAACAUUUGAGCUUCCAGGAAGCCGCCACGCUUGGAGUUGGUAUCCAGACUGUGGGCCAGGCUCUGUAUCAGACUUUGGGACUGGCUCCACCAACGCAACCUAUCCAAAAGACGACUCCUAUUCUUAUAUAUGGCGGUUCUACGGCUACAGGUACCUUAGCCAUCCAGUUCGCUAAGCUCUCCGGGUACCAGGUGUUCACCACCUGCUCGCCGCACAACUUCGAUCUUGUCCGUGGGCUUGGUGCGGACUUUGUCUUCGAUUAUAACGACCCAGAGUCCGCCAGCCAAAUUCGCAAGCAGACAAACAACAGCUUGACACUGGUCAUGGACUGUAUAUCUCUUCCUUCUAGUGUUGAUUUCAGCGACCAGGCGCUUUCAACAGAGGGUGGCGCGCACCUUUCACUCUUGCCUGGAAAAAUUGACCGUGGCAACGUCAACAAUCACUCCAUCCUGGUCUACACCACCCUUGGCGAGGCCUUCAACUUCGGUGACAUGUCUCUUCCCGCUAAGCCAGAGGAUUUCGAGCACGCCAAGAAGUUCACUCAGGUGGCUCAGACGCUUUUGGAUCAGGGCAAGAUCAAAGUUCAUCCGCCCAAGGUUGGAAAGGAUGGUCUAAGUGGUGUCUUGGGAGGACUAGAGUUGCUCAGGACCGGCAAAGUCAGUGGCGCAAAACUAGUCUACAACACUGGGGAGACUCCUUAG